UCCGCCUGCAAAGUUUUGCGUUGAUUAUGGCGUCGAAAGAAUUUUCUUGCGUCAUUUUCGUCUGUCUCUUAAGUUUGGGAAGUGCUAAAUACUGCACUUACUCGAGCAGUUGCAGUUGGAGUGAAACCUGUUGUUCAGAUAACGUCUGUAGAGACAAUUGUUACUACUGCACGUACAACUAUCAAUGUGGUACAGGCGAAGAAUGUUGUAACAACAAAUGCAAAUCUUCGUGUGUUUUGGGCGCUGGAUCUAUUGUAGGCGCUGUUAUCAGUACAAUAAUCUUCUUCGCCAUCAUCAUUACCAUUGCAUCCUGCUGCUGCUGUGCUUGUUGCCCGUACUACCGCUAUCGUACACCCGGUGCUGUGGUCGUCACCCCACAGCCUUAUCAACCGUACGUAUCAAAUCAUGCCUAUAUGACGACGAUGCAGCAAGUACAUAUUCCUCCGCCGGUCAACUACAAUCAGCCACUUCCAGGUUACAUCCAGCCUCCUUCGGGACACAAUCAGCCUCCUCCGCCUUACCCAGGCCACUUACCGCCUUUAACUCAGCAUCCCCCUCCACAAGGAGAAACUCAACCCGGAGCUAUGCCUGUUGCUGUCAGUGCUGCCCAACCGGUAAGGAACUAACCCAUUGUACGAGACAACCACGUACGCCUGCUUUUUUAUGAACGCGUUGAAACAAGAAACUUCAUUCCUCUAAAACCGAAGUUUUGUUGAAAAGCAACGAGUAUGUUGUUGAUUAGUUUUAAGCUGAGCACUUUAAUAGUAAGUAGUAAAGUUUUUAGACUUUUGUCAGAGUUUCCAAAACUUUUGACAUACCGCAAAUAAUCGAUGGUAAAUAUACUUCAGCUCUGUUAUCUAAGCUUCUCAUUUGUUCAUUGUGCAAAUUUAUUUGGCUUGUUGAAUUGAUGGCGCAUUUUCCGACGCCUCCACAACCGUGAAAUGACGUUAGGUCACGGAUGGUAAUCACUGCUCGCCACUGCAGCACAACUCAUGGACACAGGAUUGUCCUUGUUUCUUUGGUUUUUUAAGGCCUUGACUGCACUGCAGUCUUUCUGAAAUUGAAAGCCGUAAUUCCAUUUUUAUUGGAUAUUUUUAACUUUUCACGUGGUGGAAAACCAUGAAUUAAUUUAAAAGAGCAUGAGCCAUUGUUCAAGGGUUUAAUUUGUCACAUAAUUAUAUUCAGAAGCAGAUGGCCGUUUAGACCUUUAGCCCUUACGAACAGUCGCUUCUAAACUACUCAGACAAUAUAUGAAAACUGUACAUAUGAACUUCGUAAUGGACCUCGCUCACUAUAAAGUCUCUGUGGUUCAAUAAUAGAGCGUCGGAGUGCGGAAUCCGAAGAUCUGAGUUUUGAUUUCUCAUGGGGUUCAGAAUUUUAUCUUUGUGCCACGCUCGUGACAAGACGAAAAACAUCUUUCUCCAGGAUGAUUCACCAAGUUCUAAGUCGCAAGCCCACUUCACCUUGGUAAUUAUCUUUAAAAUCUAACGCCAAUUUCACCUCUUUAAUGCGAUGAAAUUCAUGUUAUUAGAGUUUUAUUAACCUAUGAUGAUUUUUUUCCUUUAUGCAGUUCAUUUCAGAAUAUCACGUGUCAUAUUAGUUUUCUCGCACAUGACCAUUAUGUUUCUCCAUUUGUCAGAAUUAGAGUGACAACUAAAAAAAGUUUUGAGAACAUGACUUAAAUAGUGACACUGAGAAAUUACUUUGCAUAGGUUGACAGAAAGUUUAAGUCAUCAAUAGCUGUGUGGUCAUUGGAAGUAUACCGAUGGUGAAAUACAAAGUGAUUAAAUAGCUUUGUAACACACUUAAUUUUUUAAACAACUUGUAAUACUAAAUAUUUGAUAUCUUAAAUAGCUGGCAUAGCUACAAAUACUCAAGUUGACUUUUUGUACCUGGUGCGAGGAAGUAUUGUUAGGAACUUGUAGAAAAGUAUCUUAAAAGUAUCUUAUGCAAAAUAAAUGAUAAGGGCUCGUGGUUUUAGA